AUGACGACCACUACAACGACUGCUAUACCGUGCCCGACUGACUGGGAAGAAUUUGUGAUAUUUGGAGAUCAGCCAACCGCGGCUGGUCUAUGUGGUGGUGAGGGAGCAGUUCUUACCUCGAUUCAGAGUCAAGAAGAGCUGGACUUUAUGAGAAGUACGUAUUUUGUAUCCAAUAAGCUCGAAAUACUCUGUUAAACUCCACCAUUACCAGGCUCUUAUGUUUCCUUUGUCGCGCUCUUGGAUUUUUCUGGAUUGGGGCUCAGAGGACAGGCGCAUGCAUAUCAUCAGGAUUGACUGCGACAUGUACCGCAUUGAAUUCGUUUUCAUGGACAGAUGGUUCCGCGACCGGCACAGCUGGAUUUGUUUGGAAUACAGGACAACCUGAUAACGGAGGGGCACUUCUUAAAUAAGUUCCUCUUCUGCUCUGUUUGAAAGUAGCGUUUAUUUUUUCUCAAAGUUUUAUUUUUUGUUGAAAUAUUACACUUUAAUCUUGUGAAAUUCUUAGUUACAAAUAUGAAUUUUAAUGUGUUUUUACAAUACGGAGAACAUGAUACAUCAAUAGUUCAUUUUAUAAAUUUUCAUUAAAAUUGGAUUUCCGUAACACUUUUCCAAUUUCAGCGAACCUUGCGUCACGUUAAACUACCUUGGUUUAUUAUCUGAUGAUGCAUGUGAUAGAUAUAAUGGUUUUGGGUAUGCUUGCAAAAAUGAGCCAGUGUGAGU